AUGUCGGACGAACAGAUCUCGCUACCAUUCUUCGCCAUUGUCCUGCUUGUGUCGGGGCUGAUAGUGCGAUACCUCUUCUUCUCGGGUCCGCGCCCCGAACGACCACCCAUCAGGACGGCCGAGCAGUUGAUCAGGUCAAGAGAGGUUGCAGUGCAGAGGAUACAGCAGAUGUUUCCGCAGGUCGAGCGACGGAGCAUCCUGUGGGACCUUCAGCGCAACGGCGGCAACAUCCAGAGCACCACGGAGCGGAUUCUGGCAGGCCGUCUGGAAACGCCUCCCAUCACUUUCCAACCACCUCCGCUUCGAACCCAAUCUCCGCCGAGUGGGAGCUCCGGCCCUGCGGCGAAGCAGCCCGAGAAGCCUGCUCAACCUGAUUUGAUCACGCGAUACAACCUGAAGAGUAAAGUUACCGAGGCGCCGGCUGCGGAAGACGGGGGAGCGCAGGGUGAGCAUGACAAGAAGGGCAAGGGUUGGAGCUCCAACCGAGAAGAGCGACAGGCUGCCUUGCAACGACGAAGGGACGAGAUGAUUCUGGCGGCGAGACGGAAGAUGGAGGCCAAGCUUGCGGCGGAGAAGGCUGCCCAGGGGUCAUCGUGAAUGGGAAAGGAAAGAGAAGGGGAAAGACACUGUGCAGGGGUAAUUCGAGGCAAGCUCCUCUUUCUGGUUUCACGGCUGCAUUGUUAUGGUGAGGCUUGCAAGCAAUGGCGUUUUAAUGGCUGUAGAAGAAAAAGCAGUGUAGGAUAAUGGAUUGCUUGAAGAUGCU